AUGUCUAUAACAGACAGUAAUUAUGGAUCUCAAAGUAAUUUAAAUACAGAUGGUGUUUUAACUGUAGUUGUAAGAGUAAGACCAAUAAAUACUAAUGAAAAAGAUAGUAAACAAAUUCAAAUAACAUACCCAAUUGGAAAUAAAGAUAUUCUUCUUAUUGAUCCAGAAAAAUUUAAAAAUGAUAUUCUUAGAAUAAAUAGACAAUUUGAAAAACAAUUUACUUUUGAUUCUGUUUUUGGACCUGAAUCUUCAAAUGAAGAAAUUCAUCAUUCAACAACAGAACAUUUAAUUAAUCUUGUAUCACAAGGAAAUAAUGCAACAAUAUUUGCAUAUGGUGCAACAGGUGCUGGAAAGACAUAUACAAUGGUUGGAACAAAAGAAAAACCAGGUUUGAUGCCUUUAAUGACAUCUAGUUUAUAUGAAAAAAUAAAAAAUACAAAAUUUACUGAAAUAUAUAAUGAACUUAUAAAAGAUCUUUUAAAUCCUUCAUCACCAAUAUUAGAUUUAUUAGAAGAUGAAAAAGGAAAUGUUAAUAUACCAAGAUUAACAAAAAUACGUGCAAUUAAUAAAGAUAAACUUUUACAAAUUUUACAAAAUGGUAAUCAACGAAGAACAAAAGAAGCAACUGCAGCUAAUAAAGAAAGUAGUAGAAGUCAUGCUAUUCUUGAAGUAUCAGUAUAUAAUGAAAAAAAAUUACAUGGUAAAUUGUAUUUAAUUGAUUUAGCUGGUUCAGAACGUGCAUCACAAACACAGAAUAGAGGACAACGACUUAAAGAAGGAGCUGCUAUUAAUAAAUCAUUAUUAGCAUUAGGAAAUGUUAUUAAUUCAUUAAGUUCUAAUUCAAAAGGAAGAUAUGUUAAUUAUCGUGAUAGUAAAUUAACAAGACUUCUUAAAGAUAGUUUAGGAGGUAAUUGUAAAACAUGUAUGAUAGCUAAUGUUACUCCAUGUUCAUCAUAUUAUGAAGAAACAUAUAAUACAUUAAUAUAUGCUUCAAGAGCAUUAAAUAUUACAACAAAUUAUAUCUCGAAACAAGGAACUAUGCAAGAACAAAUUAAUAUUUUAGCUAAUAUUGAACAAGCAAAAAAAGAUUUCUUUGAACAAAGAGAAACUUUACAAAAUAAUAUUUCUACAUUUCCAAAUAUUAAUAAUAAUAUUCAAUUGAAUAAUGAUAAUAAUUUACAACAAAUUACCAAUAUAUCUACAAAAAAUAAUAAAGAAAGGCAAAAAAAAACUCAACUACCUGCCUGGAGUACCUCAACAACAUCUACUUCAAAUUAUAAUGAUAAUAGAAAAUUUAAAACAUUAUUUAAUUCAUUAAAAGAACAAUACUUAUCAUUAUCAACAAAACAAAAUAAAUUAAGAAAUGAUUUACUUACAGUAAAUCAGGAGGCAUAUGAACUAGAAAUAAAUUUAAUUUCAAAAAAUGAAAUACUUAAAGAAUGGUCAUCAACAAAUUCAACUGAGGCAAAAAAAUUUCCUAAAAUUAUUAGUAAAUUUAAACAAAAUAUAAAAGAGUUAAAUAAACGAUCAGGAGAACUUCAAGAUUUAAGACAUAAAAUUGAAAAAUCUAUAAGAAAAAAUGACUUAACAAUGAGAGGUAUUGAACAAAGAAUGAGAUCAGUAGCAAAAGACAAGGAACAAGAAGACAUGAUAAAUUUUAUGAUAUCAAUGGCUUUGAAAGAUGCUGAAAAAUUAGCAAUAACUUCUGAUAGUAAAUUAUUAUUAAUGAGAAUGAAAAGACAAGAUUUUUCAUUAAAAAGAGUAUAUAAUUAUGAAAAAGUAACUAAUAAGUUAUUGGGAGAAGAUCUUGAUCAAAAAGAUAGAGAACAAUUAUUAAUAGAAUAUACCUUAUUAAAAAAUCAAAUUAAAUAUAAUUUAAUGUCAUUAAAACACAAUGAAAAUGUCAUUUCAUGGAAUACACAAUUAUUAAAUUCAACAAAUCAUAAACAAUUACCAACUCUUCAAAAAAAUGUACAACAAAAUCAAAAAAUUUCAGCAAAAAAUCUUAGUCUUCCAAAGAUUAAUGAGGUAGAUAUUGAUUUACCAAAAUUAAAAACAAACUCUAUUACAUCAGAUUUAGAAUUAAGUAGUAAUCUUUCAAAUGAUUCAGACGACAAAGAAGUUGACUCAUUAUCGGGAACGCAAAUAUUACCCAGAUCAUCAUCUUCAAAUCCAUUUACAUUACCAAUAAUAUCCUAA